AUGGCGCCAAAUGUACUAGAGUACUACCGGGGCAAGAAUAUUUUUAUUACCGGAGGUACAGGGUUCGUGGGCAAGGCUCUGCUGGAAAAACUACUUAGGAACUGCUCAGAAGUUAAUGCUAUCUACUUACUGAUGAGACAGAAGAAGGGAGUCAGUGCUGAAGAGAGACUGAAAGAUCUUUACAGCAAACCGGUUUUUGACAUGGUGAGAGAAAAGAAUCCAAGCGGUUUUAAGAAGCUCAGGAUUAUAAAUGGAGAUAUUACAGAGCCUGGACUUGGUAUAUCAGAAGAAGAUGUAAAACUGCUACAGACGGAGUGUAAUAUAAUAUUCCAUAGUGCUGCUUGUGUACGAUUUGACCAGAAACUGAAAGAUGCUGUCAACAUGAACACUUCUGGUACUCUCAGAAUGUUGACCCUUGCUGAAUCUAUGCAGAAUUUAGAGGUGUUUGUUCAUCUAUCAACAGCUUACUGCCGUUGCGAUUUAGAUGUUCUUGAGGAGAAGGUCUACCCUGCAGUCCACAAGCCACGGAAGAUCAUGGACAUCGUGGAAUGGAUGGACGAUGACACACUGGCCUAUUUGGAACCUAAGAUAAUUUCUUCCGAACCCAACACGUAUUCUUACACAAAGGCGAUCACAGAAGAUUUGGUCAACGAAUAUUCUGGAAAAUUCCCGAUUGCCAUUGCCAGACCUUCCAUUGUAACUGCUGCAUGGAAAGAACCUAUCCCUGGAUGGGUGGACAACCUGAAUGGGCCAACGGGAAUCGUCAUCGGCAGUGGUAAAGGUGUGAUCCGGACGAUGCAUUGUGAACCUUCAUACAAAGCUGAUGCCAUUUCAGUGGAUGUCGUCGCCAACGCUUGUAUCCUGAUAGCUUACGUUACUGGAUUGGACAAGCCAAAAGAAACUCAAGUGUAUAACCUUACUUUAUCCGGUGUAAUUAACCUCACGUGGCAGGAAAUCAUAGAUUUAGGAGAAAAAUGGGUAAACGAGUACCCCUACACCAUGGCGCUUUGGUACCCUGGUGGCAGCAUCAAGUCGUACAACAUCACCCAUCAAAUCGACAAGUUCUUCAGUCAUCUGGUGCCAGCGUACCUGGUUGAUGCACUGCUGUUUUUACUAGGAAAGAAGACAUUCAUGAUCAACCUUCAAAAAAGAAUCAGCCAUGGCCUCAACGUCCUACAGUAUUACACAACAAAAGAGUGGCAUUUCAGAAACAACAAUUACAAAGGUUUAAGGAACAGGGUAACCCCUGAAGAUAAUGACGUGUUCUACACUGAUGCUUCCAUCCUGAACCCUGACGAGUACCUCAAGAAUUAUGUACUGGGUACCAGAAAGUUCUGCUGUCAUGAGGACCCUGCUAACCUUCCGAGAGCCAAGAAAUUGCAUCGAAUCCGUUACUUCGUCGACCGCUUCAUCAAGUUAAUCUUCAUCUUCCUCGUUCUCUGGACCCUGUACAGCAACUCCCACGUCUUCACAUCAUCAGUGGAACUCCUGGACAACAGCCUGAAGAGUCUACCUCUCAUGAACCAAGCGAAAGCAGAAGAAAUAUCCAAUAUAGAUCUUUAA